UCACUGAUACUUCAUCUCACCUGUUGCUAAAAGUUAAGCCUGUCCCACACGUGUCCACAAGGUGGUGCUGUUUGACACUAACCGUCAGAGCCAGUGGCUGUUGAACAAAAUGGAGGACAUGACCAACGGUGGAAUCAGCCAAUGAGUUAAUUCAAGUGAAAAACACGAGGAGUCACAUUCAAGCUGCAGCUCGAUGAUUCUUCAUCGGGACGAUUUUCUCUGUUAUAAAGUUAGAUUAAUUUUAAUAUUUAGCACCGACAACAAAACGGAGAAGAAACAGAAGAAACGUGUGUUUGACAUGUUCAUCCUCGUAUAAAAAAUGUCAACUGGACAUUUUUCUGUAUUUUGAGAGAAAUUACCUUGUUAAGAUUUUAAAUUUUAUUCUUGAUAAAACUCAACAAUCGCAAGAUUGGAAGGAUGGACAAACUUCAUCAGUUCAGAAAACUUCAGAAUAAGAUCCGAAUAAGCUUAAAAGUAAUUCUGCGUUUGACUUAUUCUUACAAAUCCAAGAAAGAAAGUCCGAAUAAAUAAAUGUGACCAACAGUAUUUUACAAACCUGAUAAAGAAAAAUAAUACGUCUGACAACUGAACAAUACACAACAAUACACAUGUAUAUAUAUGUAUAUAUACAUAUAUAUAUAUGAUGGAUGUAUGGAAACUAGAAGCAGAAAUGUGAAGUUUUUGAACAGAUCUCACAUGUUGCCUGAACUAUCGCGAGAGUUUCCGGGAAGUGGUCAACAACAAACCGCUUCCGUGUUAGCCGCCUAGCAGCAGGCUAACUGCAAGCUAACUGUAAGCUAACUGCAGGCUAACGCCCCGGCGGACCGCGGCUGGUCUCAGGUCGGUGUUUUUGAGUUUGUUAACGGCUGCACGUCAGAGCUGAUGCCGUGAGGAUGAGGAUGAAGAUGAGGAUGAGGAUGAAGAUGAAGACGGGGACGGGGAUGAGGAUGAAGACGGGGACGGGGCUUCAGUCUGUCCUCUGACUGCCUGUAUGGAGGAUGUGGUUCUUCAUUAUCAUUCUGGAUCAGUGGAGGAGCUCCGCUCUCUGUUCCAGAGGACAGAGAAGCUUCUGGAGUGUUUCCCCUGUCGGCCUCCUCCGCUCUUCAGGCCCUGGUUCCCCUCAGACCACCGCCCGCCCAUCAGACCGGCCAAACCAGCUCCUGUCAUCACCUGCGCAGGUGACUCACUGGUGUGUGACAGCAGGCCGCACACAACAGGAAACCAACCACAGAAGACUAGGUGUACUGGCUUUUUUUCUAAAAAACGCCACAAUCAUCCAACUUCAGAGACGACAGGAAGUCCACCUGAAAAGUCACAAAGAGGAAACGGUGUCCUCUGCAUUUCAGAAACUCCGAAUCAUCUCCCCCCAUCAUCACUCUGCCCCAAACCAGAGAGAGGAGUCACCGGACUGUCGCCCCAAAAACUGCCACUGGAGGACAAACAUGGCGUCCCUGUCACAGACGCCGCGGCCAAACGCUCCUGGAGCGUGUUUACACGGCGAGGAGUCUUUCCACAGAGCUGCCACUCGCUGUCCAAACAGUUUGACCACAUGGUGUCUGUCCACAGGCUCCACCUCCGUCAGAGAGCCAAGUGGGUGAUCAGAGGGAACAACUGUGGGUCGGCCCGGGACGUCGAACAGGUGUGGCGGACUCUGAGCCGGUGCGUCCGGAGUGGCGAGCUGCCAACGUGCAACGCCAACAUCCAGAGGGACCUGGCGGAGAUCUGGGUGUUCUGCGACGUGCUCUGCUCCGAGCAGGUGGGACGUUUCCUGAAGGACGAGCUGCAGCUGUCAGGGAGGAUCGUUCUGUCGGUUCACCAGCGAGGAAACGUCUUCAGCUUGUAGACAAACUAAAGUCGUUUUAUUAGACAACAGACUCCGGUUUUUACAUGUUUACAGGUUUUUAACAGUGAAAACACUUUCAUAUAAAAGUCCUGAUGUUAACAUGGAGCUCGAGGUUCUUCUCCAUGUUUGCAGGAUGAUUAUUGAUCGAUCAGAAACCAGAAAUCAGGUGUUUACACACUGUCCUGGUUACUAUGGGAAUGAACUCAACUACAAUAUCCACUAUUUUUUAACUCUUCACACUCACAUGACUUUCAACCAGUAGAGUGCUUCAGACGACAGCCUCACUACUACACUGUGCUUUUAGAACUCAUCCCUGUAGCUAUGGUUACGCCUGGCGUCCACCUCUCAGGAGUUUCCCUUCUUCUCUGAUGAAGACGGAGUGGAUGAGUGUGUGAACUCUUAACGUGUCUUUGACUGUGUUUUCAUCUUCUGCUUUGAGACGUCUUUUUGAGACGGCCUCUGAAUUCUCAGGACAACUUUUACUGACGUUUUAUGAGAAUUUACUUGAUGAAUGAACCGAACAUGAAUUAAACCACAGACACGUGAAAUCCAGCUGAUUGUGUAUUUAAAUUCACCUGAGACCCGGUUACGGUGUCGUCACGCUCUGUUGUAAAUAAAGCUUUGAUAUUUGUAA